AAGAAGAAGAAGAAGACCAACAUGGCGUCCGUCAACAGUGAUGAGUGGAGAGCUAUCUGCGAAAAAUUCACCAACGCCCAAAACCUCACAGAAGUCGAAUCCUUACAUGACCCAGAAAACGACCCGUUCCGUUCCAAAUACAAGGCCAGGGAGCUCCUCAGAGAGAUAUACUGCUCACUGAAGAGUUUCGAGGCCGUCGAAGGCGAGGAGGACAGCGGCGGAGAGAGCGGCGACCAGCGGCCGGAGCAGCCGGUGGACGGGCAGCGGGAGGACGGGUUCGGGGACGGACUCAGCGGAGACUCUCCGGCUGGGCUGCGGGUCGCUAAACUCGGAGCUGUAGAGUAUUACCUGGGCGUGAACCAUGUGGACACAGAGGAACUGUCAGCCGGCCAGGAGCACCUGAUGAACUGCGUGAAGCUGCUGGAGAAAUGCAGAGUAUCAUCCGACAAUGUGUCUCUGUUCAUCCAUGUCAGGAAUCAGUUGGGCAUCCUCUGGGCAGGCCGGGAUGAGACUGAGGAGGCUCAGGGCUUCCUAGAAACAGCAGAAUCCAUCUACCAACGAUAUAUGAAAGAGGAUGGAAGUCCUCCCACUGAUAUGACAGAGUAUUUCUCUGCUGAGGAAAAUAAGCUGACACAUCAGGAAAGGACCAAGAGGUUUGAGCUGGCCUAUACCCACUCAAUGUACUACCUUGCUCAAGUCUAUAAAAACCUAGGUCAAACUGAGCGUGCUGCCACUUACUGCCACAGUACCCUUCAACGACAGUUACAGUUAAAUCAGUACAAUCCAAUGGAGUGGGCUCUAAAUGCUGCUACAUUGUCACAGUAUUAUAUCACAAAGGGUCGUUACAUGGAAGGCAGACAUUGCCUUGCUGCAGCUACUGUCAUUUCAGGUUUGGCAGGGGAGGUGCCUUCUGAGGCCGCAGCACAAGAGAGUGAGACAGAGUGUGAACGCAGGGAGCAGCUAAGACAGAAGAGGGCAGAAAUUGCAAGAUGUUGGAUCAAAUACUGUCUCAACCUCCUGCAGGAUGCGAAGAAACUGCUGGAGGACAACAUUGGAGAACUGGAUACUGAUCGUCAAGAAGAGCUGAAGAACGCAAGAAGACUUGAGGAGGAGGAGGAAGAGAAGGGGAGGAAGAGUGCUCUGCUGUUUGGCUCUGAAGACACCUUCGACUCCAUCGCUAGCCUGGAGGAAAAGGUGCAUUGUUUGUUUCCAUUGGACUUCACUGAAGCAAGAGCUGUGUUUCUGGUGGGACAGAAUUAUAUCACCCAGGCCAAGGACUAUUUUCAGAUGGAUGGCUAUGUGACAGACCACAUAGAGAUCUUGCAGGACCACAGUGCUCUGUUCAGAGCCCUGGCUUUCUUUGAGGAGGACCUGGAGCGACGUUGUAAAAUGCACAAAAGACGAGUGGAUAUGCUAGAGCCAAUCUGUAAUGAGUUGAACACCCAGUACUACCUUAUGAUCCGUAGACAGCUGAUGUUUGAGUUGGCUGAGACCUACAAUGAAAUGAUGGAUCUGAAACUUACCCUGGCCAACAGACAAGCAGAUACACAGUCAUUAGAUAACCACACCAUUAAGAAAUUCAACCACCUCUGCUCUGCUUCUGCCAAGUACUUCCAGAUGUUCUUGGACUCUCUGUGUUCUCCAGAGGGGAAGUUUCCAGAACAUCUAGAGGAGGAAGUGCUCAGACCUGCUCUGGUGGCUCGUUUCAGAGUCGCCCGACUCCACAGCCGCCUCAUCAGCUCCUCACCCCCUGUUCAGCUGGACAACCUCAACAGGGCUCUGGAAAACUACAAAUACGUGGUGCAGUAUUGUGAAGCCCACCCUGAGGCAGGAGCGGCGGUGGAGACAGAGCUGGAGCUGAGUACAGAGAUGGUCGGCCUGCUUCCCCUCAAAAUCAACCGGCUCAAAGCUCGGAUGGCUGCAAACAACUGAACAGGACUUUACACUGACCGGAUGUCAGCUUGACUCGAUGCUUCAAGUCCAUUCACUUGAGCCAAUCAAUCACAAUAAAUAACCUUAAAAUCUAUAGCGUUUCAACCAUUAGAGGAGCUGAAUGGCAGACUGACUCUUUUGCUUCUUGCAUGCAGCUUUCCUUUCCACAUAUUACAGUAUGGUACAUGCUGUACACGUGUACUCUGUGUAGUAAAACCUGUGAGUUUAGAAUUCAUCUCAAAAAGGAAGAAAAAUUCUAUACUUGUAUGUGUCUCUGAUAGAUGGUAUAUUGUUAGAGAAACCUUACAAGCCUUUUUCUCAGCUUGGGAAGGAACUCACUAGAGAACUUUAACUAAAAUAUCAGAUGUUUGUCAUGCAGGAAAACAUUACCUUAUGCCUCCUUUUGGAAGAUAUGUACAGAACUUUAAUAUUUUUUUUUAUUAUUAUUAUUAUUUUGUUACCUUGUCAUCCUCUGUGACCCUGGUGAAAUCCCUUCUUGGUAUCGUUUACUGUUAAUCAUAUUGAUUUUCAUUUAAUGUGGCUUUAUUUGCUGUAAAGCAGUUCAGCACACUGUUUAUGGAAACUAAUUCCUCUUAAAACACUGACUGUGUGGGCUAUACUAAAUUAAAAACUUAAAAACUCAUUAAUCUGCAUGAUGCUUAGUGUUUUUUUUAAAUCUGUCUCAAUGCAGUCCUGUUUUAUGUGGAUACUGUAUGUAGUCACAAUAAACCAAUAAAGUGAUGCAUAUUUAUGGGAUU